ACGGGGUACCACUACGUCCCUGCCUGUGUCUGCGGGGAUGAGCGGCGCGUCAGGACGAGAGGGAGAGAAAAACACAAGCGAGCAGCAGAGGGUGAGGUCUGCCCGGCUCAGUCAGCCAAGACAGGAAAAUAAGCACUGCGAGGCUUUUUCUGUCAUGAAGUGAGGAGCCCUGCGGUCUCAGCAAGAACGCGUCUGUUCACUGUUGUUUGUUGUUUCGGUCAAAGAAAAAUCAAGACUCGUCGGAUCCACCGGAAUGGAGAGCCGCCGCUGACGGAGAUUCCCGAGCUCCCCUGAUAACAACAGGUCUCAUCCACUGAGCCCAUCUUCACCUCGAAUCUUUCAGCAACCAACAAAGAGCUGGAGCUGAGACGAUCAAGCAUGGAUGUGCCCAGGAUGGCUGAGGGCCUCUUCAGCAGCACGCUGUCCUCGUCAGGCGGCGGCCAUCACGUGCCUUCCUACCUGACGUUGGAGCAGAAGGCCGCCUUUGUCUUUGUGCUGUUGCUCUUCAUCUUCCUGGCCCUGCUAAUUGUGCGCUGUUUCCGCAUCCUGCUGGACCCCUACCGCAGCAUGCCCUCAUCCAACUGGACAGACCACACCGAGAAGGACACGUUCGAUUACCGCAUCGUCUGAGAAAGUCCUGAGGGUGCACAAAUUCAAAAAUUAAAUAAAACAGACUGAUUUGAUGCUCAAAGAGCACUUUGGCCCUAAGAACAAAUGACUGCUGAUUCACCAGGAAAGACAGAUUUCAGAAAAUCCAGUGGCAGCUCGUCAUCGCCAUGAGCGCCAACCAGAAUUCAACAGCUUCUCCCUGCCAAAAUCUGAAAAUUUCAACUAUAAUAUGACAACCAGAACUAUGCUAUGAAGAUUAUUGAUCAAACUACCACGACCUUCAGUCAAA